CCGGAGGUAGCAGGGCAGGAGACAGCUGGGUUGGAAAGAGCUCUGCAAAGUUACAUCAGGGCUGAAGAAGGAAAGGGACCCGUGAUUAUUAUUUCUGGAUUUUACAACCAGUUUAACCUGUAAGAAUGACAGACGCUGAAGCGGAGGUGGGCCUUCCGGCCAUUGAAAGGAAGCCGGGCCUGCAGAUAUGGACCAUAGAGAAAAUGAAGAUGGUACCCGUUCCUGAAAAGGCCUAUGGGAGUUUUUUUGAAGGGGACUGUUACAUCAUCUUACAUAACACAAAGACGCAGUCAGGAUUUGCCACUGACCUGCACUUCUGGAUCGGCCGCGAGUCUUCUCAAGACGAGCAAGGGGCAGCCGCUUUCUACGUGACUCAGCUGGACGACAUGCUGGGAGGGAACCCCGUGCAACAUCGAGAGGUGCAAGGAUACGAAUCGGCAGCCUUUAAAAGCUAUUUCAAGAAAGGCAUCAUCUACAAGAAAGGAGGAAUCAGUUCCGGAUUCAGGCAUGUGGAAACCAACAUGUAUAACAUCAAGCGUCUCCUUCAUGUCAAGGGGAAGAAGCACGUGUCAGCCACAGAAGUAGAUCUCUCCUGGGAUGAGUUCAAUAAAGGGGAUGUUUUCCUGUUGGACCUUGGCAAAGUGCUGAUCCAGUGGAAUGGGCCUUCGUGCAACAUCGCUGAGAAAUCCAGGGGAAUGGGCUUGGCACGGAGCAUCCGGGAUGGCGAGAGGGGAGGGCGAGCUCAGAUUGGCAUCAUCGACAACGAGAAGGACUGCCCUGACCUCAUGCAGAUCAUGAAAGCAGCACUGGGGGAGAGACGGGGAGAACUCAAGAAUCCCACGCCAGAUGAAAAAGCCGAUGAACUUCAGAAAGCCAAUGUCCGUCUCUACCACGUUUACGAAAAUGGCAAGGAUUUGGUGGUUCAAGAAAUUGCUACGCGGCCCCUUACACAAGACCUCCUUCGCCAUGAGGAUUGCCACAUUCUAGACCAGGGGGGCUUUAAAAUUUAUGUCUGGCGAGGAAACGACUCCAGCAAAGAGGAGAAAAAAGCUGCGUUUAGCCGAGCAGUGGGUUUCAUCCAAGCCAAAGGGUAUCCUCCUACGACAAAUGUUGAAGUUGUAAACGACGGUGCAGAAUCAGCAAUGUUUAAACAGCUCUUUAAGAAGUGGACAGAAAAGGAGGAGACUCAGGGACUAGGCAAGACGCACACCAUUGGCAAGAUCGCCAAAGUGGAUCAAGUAAAAUUUGACUUUGCCCAGUUGCACGCCAGACCAGAGUUAGCUGCUGAGCAGCGGAUGGCAGAUGACGCCUCUGGAAAGGUGGAGGUAUGGCGAAUUGAGGAUCUUGAGAUGGUCCCUGUGGAACCCAGAACCUACGGGCAGUUCUAUGGCGGAGAUUGUUAUCUUGUCCUGUAUACCUACAUGAAAUCCAACAGACCCCAUUACAUUAUCUAUAUGUGGCUUGGCCGCCAUGCCUCUGUAGAUGAAAUAACCGCUUGUGCUUUCAAUGCUGUGGAGCUGGACAAGAAAUACGGGGAUGAGCCGGUGCAAGUUCGUGUGACGAUGGGGAAGGAACCCCGGCAUUUCCUCGCCAUCUUCAAGGGAAAUCUGAUCAUUUAUGAGGGAGGCACAAGCCGAGCCCAGAAGAGUGAAUCUGAGCCUGCGGUCCGUCUCUUCCAAGUCAGAGGCACGGGGGAAUUCAACACCAAAACCAUCGAGGUUCCAGCCCGGGCCUCCUCACUCAACUCCAACGAUGUCUUCCUUCUCAAAACCAACCAAGUCUGCUAUCUGUGGUGUGGAAAGGGAUGCAGCGGGGACGAACGAGAGAUGGCUAAGACCGUAGCUGACAUCAUCUCCAAACGGGACAAGCAGACCGUCCUGGAGGGUCAGGAGCCGGCAGAGUUUUGGGUGGCUCUCGGAGGCAAAGCCCCAUACGCCAGUGACAAAAGGUUCCAAGAACAAGCCCCCCAUCACCAACCCCGCUUGUUCGAGUGCUCCAAUCAGACGGGGCGGUUCAUUAUGACGGAGAUUGUGGAUUUCUGCCAAGAUGACUUGGAUGAAGAUGACGUCAUGCUGCUGGACACUUGGGAAGAGAUUUUCCUUUGGAUUGGCAAGGCUGCCAACAACUACGAAAAGAAUGAAUCCAUUUCCUCGGCCAAGGAGUACCUGAAGACCCAUCCGGCGGGAAGAGAUAUAGCAACUCCCAUCAUCAUGGUGAAACAAGGUCAUGAACCACUGAACUUCACAGGAUGGUUUGCCGCUUGGGAUCCGUACAAGUGGAGUGAUGGCAAGUCCUAUGAGGAGAUGAAGAGCAGCUUAGGAGACGUGUCUGCUAUUUCAGAGAUCACUGUGGACCUUAAAAAUGCCAACUUGAAUAAUAAUAAAAAAGCCAGCAACAAGCCAACGCCCAAGCAGACUUCCGAUCCAGCCGGUUCAGGGUCCGGACAGAGUCCGCAAGUGCCCCAGCCAGUCUCCAACAGCAACAGUGACAGCAGCGUCAACUGCAAUAACAACAACACCCCUUCGCUAGAAACUCUUGGGAAUGGUGCCUAUCCUAGAGAACUGCUGAUCAACAAGACAGUGGAAGACCUGCCGGAAGGCGUGGACCCCACCAGGAAAGAGUACUACCUGUCGGAUGCAGAUUUCUGCGACAUCUUUGGGAAAAGCAAGGAGGAGUUCUACCAGAUGCCCAAGUGGAAGCAACAAAACGAAAAGAAGCAGUUUGGAUUCUUUUGAGUCAAGAAAGCACCCCAACCAGCUUGGAACUAGUUUCAGGGGAACACAACAGGGGUGGAAGGAAGAGCUGCUGGUUUUAAAGACACCCGUGUGCCCCUGAACGAGGAAAUGACUUUGAGAAUAAUACUCCUGGAAUCAGUGUGGUUAAAAAGAAGCUUGGCAAACUCCAUUCCUUUUCCCCACCCCGUUGGAAAUGGCAACUUGUUUUCUUCCCGGUUUCAUAUUCUUGACAUCUGUGCCAGCAAAUAGAGGGAGAUUUUUUUUUACAUUUGGGGUCUUGGGAAUUCAGCACGAGGAUUCAGAGGUUGGUUGUGUUGAAGGGGAGUGAAAAGGUCCUGGAUUUGGGUCCCAGGGCUAACUCUGGCCUCUCCAGCAGUUUGGGAAGGGCCCAGCAGCCCCUGUUUCGGUCCUUCAAAAAGGAAAAGCGCAGUGCCUUUUCCUCCAGCUGCCUAGACGGGAAUGCCCAAGUCCUUCCUCGCCUGCUCCUUCUAGAAUGUCGAGAUACCAAAUUCAACAAAUGGAUGUUUCCAUUUUGCCGCCCCCCUCCCGCCCCGUAAGCACCGAGAAUCUUCUGCCCAGCCACAGUUUCUAAUGAAACGGGGGGCUAGAUGGACCUGACUUUGACCCAACAAAGCACUUUUUUUCUUAUGAUGGGAUGCCAAGAUUUAGAAAAGGGGAGGGCGCCGGUAGCCAAGGAAUUAAUUGCACUUAAUUUUAAGUUAAGGGGUGAUAUGGCCCAGCCACUUUUUCAAGCUCAUGUUUGCCAAUAAUAAGUAAAAAGAGAGUUUCCGGUAGGUAGUCAUGUUGGUCUGCAGCAGGGAUUUUUUUCAGCUGGAACAUGGUGGAACGGAGUUCCGGCACCUCUUGAAAAUGGU